AUGGAUAACGACGCGGUUUCUCGAUCGAUUUCGAUCUUCGCUGGUCUGCCUGAGCACCAUGUCGUUCGAAAUUUCUCACAUUUCCGAGGGUUCCGGACAGAGGUUGAAACUAUUUCACAAUCUCUCAGACAAGGAGGCGGAAAUCAAUACCUUGUUUUGCUGAAUGUUCCGCUCAGAGUACUCACAAUGCUUGACCACCACGACAAGGAAUGUGGCCCGAUCAAUUACCGUCUCAACUGGCAAGGGAACACCGCACUUGUGAAGGUAGUUCCUUCUGGUGCCCAUGAGUGCAUAACUAGUGCUUUCUGCGAUAUCAUCAAAGAGAUUCAUCAUCAGAUGGGAUGUUUCUGGACCAGUCUCGGAUGGGUUCUUGCUACUACGUACACCUCUCGAUGGGGAGAUGGAAUGCAAGCCGAUAAUGCGUUUGUCCCUGAAGCCCGUCUUCGACUUGGCUUACCACCAACUCAAUGGCCAACUUUAGUUGUGGAGACAGGUGUCUCGGAAUCCCUGGCUCAUCUACGUGAAGAUGCGAAACGUUGGUUGCGCUGCUCUGAAGGACACGUCAGAAUCGUCAUUCUAAUCUCAGUUCGCCGAGAUCACAUCUUUAUUGAGAAAUGGCAGCUUGCACCCCCCAACGCACCUAUACCACUCAACAAACGUUACAUCGAUAGCCUCAAAGCCCAGAACCGGAAUAUGCCCCCGAUGGUUCCGCAACUCAGUUCGCUCCUGCAGGCGUAUUGCUCGCAAGAAAUAACAAUUGAACAAAAUGCAACAAGCGGAUGUCCGUUGAUAAUCCCUUUCGAGGCUCUCCAUGAUCGACUACCUGAUGCAACCGACAGUGACAUUCUCAUCCAGGAUUGGCAUUUCCGUUAUAUGUAUCGCUUUUUGCCUCGUGUACCUUGA